AUGGCUCCCUCCCCCACGAUCCGCCGCCUCCUCAAAGAGACCGCAGAACUCUCAUCUCCUUCUUCGAACCCCAACCCCGCUUUCUUCGCCGCCCCGGUCUCUGAUGCCGACUUACACGAGUGGCAUUUCACACUGCUGGGUCCUCCAUCCCCUUCCCCCUACGCCGGCGGGAUGUAUCACGGGCGCAUCACGCUGCCGGCAACAUACCCUUUGAAACCGCCGAAUUUCCGAUUCCUGACCCCGUCAGGCAGGUUCGAAGUGAACCGCGAGAUCUGUCUGAGCAUAUCCGGGUUUCACGAAGAGACGUGGAUGCCCGCCUGGGGGGUCCGGACCGCCUUGACGGCGCUGCGGACGUUCAUGGCGGAAAAGGGCUCGGCGGGCCAAGUUGGGGGUCUGGAGGCGCCCGCGGACGUGAGGAAGAGACUUGCGAAGGAGAGUCGAAGUUGGAAAUGCGAGGCUUGUAAGAAGACCAACGAGACCAUCAUGCGCGAGUGGUGGGACGUUUGUCGCGAAGCCGGGGUCAAUGUCUCGGCCGAGGAGGAUCUGGGGUUGGAGAGUCUGCCGGAAGGCAUGUCGCUUGAGGCGCGAGAUCCGAGUGCACAGUCUCAGUCUAAUGGUGUUUCUUCACACACGACAGGCAUGAAAAGUAGAAGCGAAGCUGCCGGUGCACAGGAAGACCCGAAGGUGACAACGACGGUACCACAAGAGCGGCGGCCCCAGCAGCAGCAACCCUCUACACAUCCCCAUCCCAAUGCUAAUCCUUCUACACCAUCCACAUCUGUGCCAGUGCCACCGUCCCAGCAACCUCAACCUCAACCUCAACCUCCCUUGUCAUCAUCAUCACCACCACCAUCACACACGCCACGAUCGAACUCCUCUAGCCUCACCCAACCCACGCCUCAAAGAUGCAUCCCGAUGGUCCCCACGCCCUCCGCAGAAGCAGCCCAAGCCUCUGCCGAAGCAGUCCUCACGCCAGGCGACUUCGUUCAACCACCACCCAAUGGCUCCACAGCAGCUACCACGGGCACUUCUACCACCGCUCGACGACCCUUCUUCUCCGGUCUUCACAGCGCCCCACUCGCCGCCGCAAACGCCGCGAUCGCACAGAGCGGCGGCCCGCAGCCAUUGACUCUCCAGCGCGACCGUGACCGCGGACGAGAAACCCAGCAGACCAUCACAAUCGACCGGGCCAUCGCUGGCGUGUUUCUUGCCCUGUGUCUGAUGGUGCUCAAGAAGAUCUUCUACCCGGCUGGAGGGGCCGGGGCGAGGUAUAGUGGUAUGGACGAAUUUUAUUUGCAGCGAGAGUAG